UCACCUGGCACAUGGCACGUCAUAUGGUCGUACAUAACCUAUUAUCUCGCUCUCCCACGUCUCAAUACACGCGUAUAUUUCGUCGUAUACUUGUAGAACAAUAACAUUUAUAGAAUCGCUGCUUUCGAUUGAUGUGACAGUGAAAUGGUUUACAGACGCAAGAAGCAUCACAAAGAAAACCUACACAUAAAGAAGGCUCACAGGACAAAAAGACGCACGAAGGAUCUCGAUGAGAUCGACGCGGAUUUGAAGGAGGAAAAUGCGAUAAAGUUAAUAAACCAAGAGGUGGACUUCGACAAGCCAGGAGCGGCCCAGAAUUACUGCAUUCAUUGCGCACGGUAUUUCGUCGAUCAAAAAGCUCUGCACGACCAUUUUAAAACGAAAGUGCACAAGCGACGACUAAAAGCACUGGAGGAAGAGCCGUACACUGUCGAAGAUUCAGAGAGAGCUGCGGGAAAAGGUAACUUUGUGCAACCGAAGAAACGCAAGAUUGAAACCAUAGCCAGUGAAGAGGACAUCAACAAAGAAGCUAAAGUUAUGAAAGUUGACGAUGAGGCUGAAUAGAUGUUUAUGAAUAUAAGUUAUUGAUAAAUAUAUAUUGUAUUUAUUUUUGAUAAGUGCAAAAUGGCAAGUUUUGCAGUGAAACACUUUUGGGCUAGAAAUCAGUUGGGCUUGAAAGUAUUGAAGCCUGUUAUUUUGCCAAAGACUCUGGCAAAUCAAAGAUCUUACACGUCUGCCUUGUAUGUUCCUGGCAACAAAGCUUACAAGAGUUUUGCGUACUUGUUGCCUGAAAUAGACUUUGACAAUCGUGUUGCUGAUAUAGAAAAACUUCAGAGGGAACUCAGUCUGCGAGGCUCAGCAAUCGAUGCAAAGGAUUUGCAAAAAUCAUGGGAGUACUACCAAUAUGUUCAUUCAAACAAGGAGACACUAGAGCAAAAGCACGCCGAACUAACUAAUCGUAUAAAAGAAAUCUAUCAAAAGAAAGAUCUCUCUGCUGAAGAUAAAAAUGAAAUAGAAGCUCUCAUAACUAAAAUUAGACUCAUAAAGCAAGAUAUAAAGGUAGUUAGAGAAGCUAUUUGGGAUCUUCAGGAAACUGUCAUCCCAGAGGUUUUAAAAUUGCCUAAUGAAAUUGAUCCGCACACUCCAUCUGAUGCUGCAAUUGUUGUUAAAAGCAUAGGUGAAAAACGAGAUGUACCCGAGGACAAAAGACAGAGUCAUCUAGACAUUGGAAGACACUUAGGUUUAUUGGAGUACAAGAAUCCAAUUCAAUGUUAUCUGUGCAACGAGGCAGUAGUCUUUGAACUAGGAGCCUCAGCUGUAGCAAGUAGAAUCCUCAACGAAAGUGGUGCUACACGAGUAGCCGGUCCAGAUUUUGCUAGGAGUCUCGUUGUUGAAGGAGCUGGCAUGGAUCACGAAAGUCCCAUGGAAACUUUCAUCCUGCAAAAUAUGGAUGACAUUGAGAAAGACUAUUUAAUAAACAGAUUGCAUUUGGUCGGUGGUGCAAGUCUUCCAGCACUGCUUGCCAUGUACACAAAACAAGCCAUAAAACUGAAUAGCUUCCCACUUAAAGUUUUCACCACCGGAAGACAGUACACACCCUUUCCAAGCAGUCCAGCAUCUUACGGACUGUUCUCAGUCUGUCAAUCGUCAGCCAUACAAGCGCUUACACUCGUUCCCAAAAAAGACAACGAUAACCACAAAAGCGAGUUGGAAAACCUGGUGGAAACAGCUUCGAAGAUUUACGACGAGCUAGACUGCCAUUACAGAAUCGUGCUCAGAUCCGCCAAAGAACUGCGCACAGCGGAGAGCAUGAGAGUUUCCUUCGAAAUGUGGUCUGCCCACUCGAACCAGUACAUAGAAGUUGGACACGUUUCAGCCUGCGGUGACUACUUCAGCAAGAGACUGUCGUUCGCUUAUCAGACAUCCAAAAGCCACGUGGGCUUCCCAGCCACCAUCACGGGAACUCUGCUGUCGGUCCCAAGAGUACUGGGCUGCCUACUAGAGGAGAAUCCAGAUAAGUUCGUUCUACCAGACAAAGCUGCAGAGUUCUUACACUGAACGUAAAAAAAAAUCUCUUUAGUUACAUCGACAAAAUGUAAAUAUACGCCACUGUUUUACAAUAAAAGGAAAGAAAAAUAUCUCAUACCAAA